AUGGAUGCCGUAGCAGCAGCGGCAGCUUUUCGCGGCAUCCCCUGUUUCCGACCCCCGAUGCCUUGGGCGGCGGCUUGCUACAGAGUACGAGUAGUGUACACACUACAUUCUCCUUCUUGCUCAAACAAAACAAAACAACAUGCGACUGCAAGCCUAUUGUUUGCUCACGCCUCAUGGCCUGAUUGGCACUCAUGUCGCAGCAUCAGCAGCAACAUCAAUCGCCUUUCAGGUUGCCCUGUCGGCAGAUGUGGUCGUCUUUCUUUAUCGGUGAAUUGCCCCCCCUCCUUCGAGGCUUUCAAAGUCGUCUUCAAGCACAUCGAUACACGUCACACAUACGGGCUCGGUACGAGACAGCUGUCAGAGCUAUGA